AGCUAAAGACGGUAAGAUGGAGCUCGACUUUGAGACCGAUCCGAAUGACAUUCGUUUGCCUGAGAUUCAGAUCGAAGAGUUGAAGAAGGGGCUGAAGAAUAGCGGAUCCUUGAGAACUGAGCAGAACAUCCCAGACAUGCAUUACAGUCUCAGGGCCUACCUCAGUAUCCUGUAUCUGAAGCCGAGGACACAGAUCAUACUGAGGGGGAAGAAGAUUCAGGCCAAACUGGUAGCGAAGAGGCUGAUACACAUUGAGCAUGACGUCUACAAACCCCACUUCAGU